AUGAGCGCCACCAAGAAACAGAAGCAGCGCGAGGAGCAGGAGCUGGCGACGCUUUUCAAGUCGCCCAACCUGUGCAUCAUGGAGCUGACGGUGACUUUUGGCCAGGACGAAAUCUCGGCCUACUUCAUCCACGAACAUGAAGACGACGACCCCGAGUCGAUUGAGUACGACCACGACGCCAUCAUCGAGGACGUGACGCAGAUGCUGGCGUCCAAGCUGCGGGGUCUGCCCGAAUACCACCUGACAUUGCUGGAGGAGGGGCCCGACGACUUUUACAGCCAGGGACACUUGGACCUGGAUGACUUCAUUGUUCAUGUGGUGGAGGAUCCAGAUUUUAUUCUGUGA